AUGAAAAGAAUAAUUUCUGUCAAAGUAUCACCAAUUUCCGAAUUCCGAUCUCAAAGUGACUUAGCAAAAUGUAAAUUCUCCAAUCUCACCCUUUCUUCCAAAAUUUCUGAAGUUUAUAAAACCAAAAGAUUGAGUCAAGAAAUAAUAAAUGUGAACUAUGGAAUUAAUGAAUAUUACUCAACUAAAGCAGAGAACAGUGUUUUACCCACAGUUAAAAAAAAUGCGAAUUAUAAAGCAUGGUGGGAAAAUGGAGAAAAUGUAAAUAGUUCUAUUUCUAAUCUACACAGAGAUAAUUCUAGUUUUGAUUCUAAACAAUCUGAACUUAAUUAUAAUGAAUUUGAAGCAGUCCUAAUAAAUUCACCAUCCAUGGAUGGCAACAACGUUAUACCUUUCGCAUUUCAAAUUCUUGAUGACAAUUUAGAAUCCGAAACUCCUGAAGAAAAGAACGGUAUAAAUUUUCUAGGAACAUUUUCUGACGAUUCUAAGCAUGAAUCAGAACUUGAUGAUUUUUGGAAAAAUCACGAGAAUCAAAACGCAAUCAAUAGCUCAGAAACAUCGACCAAUUUAAUUAAAAGAGCUGAAUACGUAAUUCCUAUUUCCAAUUUCAAUGCUUGUCAUAAGAGCAAUGAAAACUCACAUAGCGAGAGACCGUCAGUUGGUCCUCUUUUGAUUAACAUAAAAACUUAUGGAAAGACCUCAGAAACAGCUAAUACAUAUGGAUUUAACAACUUUGAAACUGCGUCUAAAUGCGUGGAAUUUACAAAUAAAAAUCACACACAGAUUCUGAGGGAAUCCAAUUCAAUAUUUAAUCAAUCUACCAACAAUCUAGGAAACAUGCCAAAUUGUAACUAUCAAGAUAGCUGUAAGAUUACUGUUGGUAGAAAUUUAUCUAAAGCUAAACAUUCUUCCACAAAUAAAAAUAUAUCAGAGCAAUUUAAUAGCUUUCAGCAACAUACAGGAAGAAGCAAAGUGAAAACAGUUUCUAUUCAGAAAAGCUCAAUUAUGCUAACACAAAAAUGUGAAAAGACAUCAGACUAUAAAUACAGAUGUCUGUUAACAAAUGCUGAAAGGAAAAAGUGCAAGGAUGUGAAAGCAGCAUGCGAUUCCGAAUCUGAAGAAGAAUUUUUCAUUCGAAUUCCUCUUAUGAAGCGCAAAACUCGAAGCUUCUGUUGCCAUGAGAAGAAUUGUAAAAGUAAGAAUAGGAGUAGAUUCCCUAAGAACGAAUGUAGUUCUAAAAAGAAAGGAGAGAAAAGAAAUAAAAAUAGUUUGAUGGUUAAUAAAAGCAGUGUUCUAACUUCAAAUACCUAUUCCAAUUGUAUUAUACUUAAUAAAGAUAAAGCUAAUAAAUUUGAAGAGACUAUUUUACAAAAACAUUUAACAGAUAGUCACGAAGCAGAGCAGAAAGCACAAGCAUCUUGUUCUAAAGUCCAUUCAAGUGGUCUACUUUCUAGAACACUUGUAGAAAAUCGACAUCAGAAGUAUAAUAAUGAGAAUAAUCGUAAAUUGGCGCCUAGCGGAGGAAGCAAUAAACGCUCUUUCAACUUUCAUAAACUGGAAAGUAAUAAAUCAAAAAAGCUUGGAAUUGGUGAAGAAAACUGGAAAUAUGGUAAAGGUAAAAAUUUUGAAUGCGGCAAUCUUGUAAGAACAGUUAAUAGAAAAGAGCUGAGACCACUAGUAGAUUUUGUAGCUGUCGAUGAAAUUUCAAAAGUAAAUACAAAAGAAAAAUUGGCAAAAUUUAAUCUAGGAAAUGAUAUGAUUACCGCUCUAUAUGGGACAUCAAAUGAUGAAAAUGAAUCUUUUGAAAACAAACCUCAAAGUACGCCACGGUAUUCAGCAAACAGAAACGAAAACAAUUCAUUUAUGAAAAAUGCGUCUUUAAAAUGUGCGUAUGAAAACGAUCAGAGAUUGAAUCCGGGGCAUCAUAACUUUAGAAAUAAUUGUGAAAGUUCUAUGCAUCAUUCUGGGCAAUUCAGAGAAGAAGUAGAAAAUGUUACUUAUGAAAAAUAUUUGGCAAACUUUUCAACGGAAAUUAAUAAUUUCCAAGAAACUUUAAAAGAAGCCAAUAAUUCCGUGAAACAUUUUGUGGUGAAUCAGAAAUCAAAUUUUCAAGAAGAUAAGACACAGCCAUUACCAGUAACUCCAGUUCUAAUCUUUCCUGUGAAAUAUGACGAAUCUUUCAAGCGAAUACAGGAUCAGCUUCUUCAUAUUUCUUCGUCAAACAAUGAUACGCAAUCUUCAAAUUCAGAACAUGUAGCAUUUACUAAAACUAAACAAAACGCUUUUAACAUAGCAAUUGGUAAUGAAGAUUCCGUACAAAGAAAAGAAAUUUCUUUAAAAGAUAAUUACGUAAUUGUGUCAGGUAAUCGCAUAAUGCCAAAAUCGUCUCUUAACAAAUCAUUAAUUCCAAUAACUGAAUUAUUUCGUGAAAACAUGGUUGGAAAUUCAACAUCUCAACUUUUGAAUGAUGAAAAUGCAUGCAACAGUGCAAAAGAGAACCGCGCUUUUAUGCAGAAUGUGUGUCAUCAAUCUGUGGAAAAGGAGUAUAUAAUACCUAAUUCUAAUGAUGAUUCAUCUAAGAACCAAAUCAUCGAUUUCAGAAAGCAAUCCAUUAAAAGUGAAGAUAAUUUUGAAGAUUAUUCCUCUUUUAAAAGACAAGGAGAAAAUAUAGCCAUUAAUUCAUCAUCUGGAAAAGAGAUGGCUCAAAUAUUAUAUGGAUCAUCAGCUAAUACUUCUUUUAGAAAUAAUAAUAUUUGUCACUCACCAAUGAUGGAAUCUAAGAAAACCAUGAAAAACUCUUUAUUAACUGAAUCAAAAUGCAUAACUGACAAAGAGAGUAAUGCAAAAGAUUGGAGAAGUUUGCAUCAAAAACAAAAUCAUGAUAAAAACAAAUCUUCAAGGACCAGAAAGCCAUGCGGUAUUGUGCCGGGAUUAAAUAUUGAAUAA